AUGCCCCGCCCCGCCCCUCACCCCGCCUGCGUGCCGUGUGCAAAAAGCAACACAGCCGUUAAACGAGCCACGGGGCGGAGCCAGCCGGGGACGGGGCAAAGAAGCUUCGCUCCUAUUGGUGGCGGCUGCAUAUUCAAACUAGUAUUAGAGGCGCUGAUUGGUGCGAGCGCGGCGCGGCCCGCCGCCCCCGCCCGGGCGGGUCAUUGUCUGGCGGCUCCCGAGGCGGGUCGGGCGCGGCGGCGGUUCCGGGACUCGGACGGCGGCGGCGGCACCAUGGCUGGCGGCAAGGCGGGCAAGGACAGCGGCAAGGCCAAGGCCAAGGCCGUGUCACGCUCCCAGAGAGCAGGCCUGCAGUUCCCUGUCGGCCGCAUCCACAGGCACCUGAAGACUCGGACCACCAGCCACGGGCGCGUGGGGGCCACGGCGGCCGUGUACAGCGCGGCCAUCCUGGAGUACCUGACCGCCGAGGUGCUGGAGCUGGCCGGGAACGCUUCCAAGGACCUCAAGGUGAAGCGGAUCACGCCCCGGCACCUGCAGCUGGCGAUCCGUGGUGACGAGGAGUUGGACUCCCUGAUCAAAGCUACCAUCGCCGGUGGAGGUGUCAUCCCCCACAUCCACAAGUCCCUGAUUGGAAAGAAGGGGCAGCAGAAGACGGCGUAAGGGAGCGCGGUGCCGGAUCCCCCGUCAUCGUACCGACCUGGGCACAGCAACACCUUGGGGAUGCCAGGAAACUUUUUUUAAGGAAUAGUUGAAAGGAAGAACAUAGAGGAUUGACUGUAGAGGAAACAUUGGGAUGGGUUUAGAUUCCGAGUGGGACACACCGUGGGCCCGUGGGGCAGCAGCCGGGGGGGUUUGAGGGGCUGGGCUGUCCUGCGUUUUAUACAAAAAUGGAACCCAUAAACCAUUUUUUACAAAAAAACGA